AUGGGACAUACCUCAUCCGACAUGAUUACCCUUUACGAAUCCAAAAACCGUGUUGACGGAAUAGUCGGUGGAAACAAUCCAACGGGAAGACAGAGUUUAAGACUGCACGCCAGGCCAACACUUUUAGUAGUACCGUAUAGGAGGUAUCCUAUACAAAGUUCCCGCACAUUUGUUUGGAUCCUUGGUAUCACAGGCUCCAGAAAGGUCCACUGUCCGAGAGCUAAAUUCCACCACAAAGGGGUGCGGACUAUGCUAUGGUUACUUGCUACGGUGCCGGCGGAAGCAACGGUCAGCAGCUCAUUUGUGCCGGUAACUAAUGGUUUCAACUACCAGCAUCAUCAGACUGUUCUCUUCUCAGGUGUUAACGCUCCCGAUCAGCGCCCCCUCGUCAAACGCCAUCCAUCAUUCGGCAGUGCCGCUCUCAGUUCGCCGCUGUCGUAA